AAAACAAUUUAAACGGGGGAAUUUAUUUUAAAUGAUCACUAGUGAGCGAAGUUUACUAAUGUGUUGUUAUCAAUGAUUACUUGUGAUGUCGAUGACGUAAGCUUACUGGAAAAUAAUGUGGUUUGAUGAUAAGAAUGUAAGCACAUUGAUAAGUAACAUUGAACAUGCAUGACCAAUUCUAGCUAAAUCUCCACUAGCUACUACGAAUUACCUAUGACAUAUGCGACUAACCUACUCGAUACAUGAGCGACAGCGCGCUUCAAACAUAAACAAAAAGCGUAAACAUUAUCUCAUAUGACUCACAAUGGCGAAGAGUUCAUUAUCAUAAUCAUAACUGCACGCAUACGUUAGUUACGAACGGGCACUGACGUCUAAUUGUCGUCUGUUAAAACAUUUUUAAGUAUUUAUCGGCUCUACAGAUAAUUACUUUUAUAAUAUACGCGGUCCAUCGAGGCUGUUUUAUUGAGUGAACGCGAGUGACACAAUCCACGGCCGCUCUGUGAACGUACACAUUAUUACGCGUAUUUUCCUCAACGACGGAACAAAGAAAUCAUAUUAGUGAAUUAAAUCCAUCACUUUCCAAUAAACGGGCCACGGGCCUGUUGAUCCCGACACGUGUUGUGAACUUUGCAUGUAAAACUGGAAGAUGUUCGGUGCGCGCGUGUGAAAUAUCGAAUGCAAAAAUGAUUAAAAGAAACGGCGAUAAUGUAUUUGCGAUCGCGUCGAGCAACAAUCACAGCCAGUGUCAGAGCGGGAGCGGCCGUAGCGGGAUUGCCGUGUCGCCGUGUGCCGGGCCCGGGGCGACGAGGAUCCCGCGCGCUACACCCGCGCCUCUCGCAGCCAGGAUGACGCCGCCCGACGCGCAGCCCCACACCAAGGAGACCAGCAUCGCACUGUCUACUUACGUCGAGAAGUGGAAGAACCGAUACGAGGAGGCCGAGAGGAAGCACAAAACGUACCUCCUCAAGUCAGAAAAAGCUAAACGCGAGCAUGAUGAGCUGCAGCGGCGGUACAACAUCCUAUUGGAAGAGCGGCGGCAUGUUGAGGCCGAGCUGGCGGAGCGCGAGCGCGAACUGGCCAAACUACGGACUGUCUCCGAGAAGCUAUUCCAGGAGUACCAACAGCUCAAGCACCAGCAUGAGAUUGACGCCGGAGUCAUGCAGAAGGUUAUGCAGCAGGCGGGAGAGUGGUACAAGCAGAACAAGCAGCUGAAGAGACGCAGUGCGGCGCUCAUUCACGCCUUGCCCACACAAGUCGACAUUGAUCUCACUGACACAACUGAUGCAGCAUCAGACAGCAGCAGUAACGAGGAGGUGGAGUUCCUAAAGCGCACAGUGUCGGAGCUGUCGGCGCAGGUGGGCGCGCUGCAGGCGGACCUCAGCGCCGCGCGCCUACACGAGUUUGAAGCACACGAGCACAAUGUCGCCCUCGCGCAGGAGUUAGAGACAGAGAAAGAGAAAUGCGUUGCACAAGAGAAGGAGUUGCAGGAGUUGCGAAGUCAGCUGGAGAGACACAACAGAGUCUCCAAGCUGCUGAUGGAGGAAGUCACCGCGUUGAAAGAUAACGCCGACAAGGACAGGCAGAUGGCAGAGACAUAUAAAGUUGAAGCGCGUGAUGCCAAGAAGCGUGUGAAGGUGUUAACACACCAGAGCACGCUGCUGCUGGGCGAGCUGGAGAUGGACGAGAGGCUGGGCAGGCUGCUGGGGGAGGUGGACAGCCUCCGGGAUGCACUGGAACACCAGGCCACCAGGCACAGGGAACAAUUAGACGAACUACAGCUUAAACUAGCUGAAAAACACGAAGAAACAGAUAUUCUUUUAUGGGAGGAGAAGAUAAGACUCGCAGAAGAAGACGCACAGAAGGCUCUAGAACGAGCCGAGAGAGCGGAAAAGAAGUUGGCAGAAGUUGAGAAAAAACAACCUCCGAAGAAAUCAACUCUCAUGUCAAGAAUAAGUUACUUCGAAAGUGGUGGAAAUGAAAAAAACAAGAAAGAGAAAGUUGAAGUAAAAGAAGAAAUAAAAGAGAUUAAGGAAGAAGUGAAAGAAGUCAUCGAAACGUCACAACCUUCAGAGAGCACAAAUCUGUCGGAAUCUCCCCCCACAGAGACUGCAGCCCCUCCCCCGCCACCACCAUGUCUCCCACCUCCGCCCCCACCACCACCACCUCCUCCCCCUCCCCCUGCACCAGUCUUUCUCCCCGCAGAGCAGUGCGAGGAUAUGGCAACACUGCUCAAUUCCAAACAGGGAACAUUAAAGAAGACCAAGCAAAAUGGAGGUGGUGCAAUAGACGCUAUAGUAGACCAGAUCAAAUGCGGUAAGUUCCAGCUCAAGUCUACAGAUCAGAACUUCAUGGAGAAGAAACCUAAAGAUGACCAGCCGGAGGCUGUGAAGGAGAUGCUCGCUAUAUUGGGAACUUUGCGCAAACGCAGGGGAGGGAAUAGAUCUAAUUUCGUUGCUAACGAACAGGAAACAUAAUAUAAACCUUUAUUAAUGAUAUUUGG